GCACAAAACACACACAAGCCUUCCGACUCGUGUAAUUAACGAAACCCCUUAUCCUAAUCUCCCCAAAUCAGUGUUAGGGAUCGGGAUUUGUGACUCUGCAAGCAAGCCAUGGCUUCCAGCGUCUGCAUAAACGAAAUCCUGACGGACGACGAGAUACGAUUGAUUCUGGCGAGGCUUGGGAGCGACAAGGACAAGGAGGCGUUCGGCUUGGUCUGCAAGAAAUGGCUGUACCUGCAGAGCACGGAGAGGAAGAGGCUCGCCGUACGGGCCGGAAUCCACAUGCUCCGCAAGGUGGCCGCGAGGUUCUCUCGGGUUGUGGAGCUCGACCUCUCUCAGUCCGCUUCCCGCUCCUUUUUCCCUGGUGUUAUCGACUCCGAUCUCUUUGUUAUUGCCGAUGGGUUUAGAUGCCUCAGAGUGCUCAAUUUGCAGAACUGCAAAGGAAUCACUGAUGUUGGCAUGGUGGAAAUUGGGCAUGGUCUUUCUUCACUACAAUGCUUAGAUGCAUCCUAUUGCAGGAAGCUAACUGACAGGGGAUUUUCAGCUGUUGCUGAGGGUUGUUGUGAACUGAAAAGCCUACAUCUUACUGGCUGUAGAUUUGUUACAGACAAAUUAUUACAUGCUCUUUCCAAAAACUGUCACGAUUUAGAAGAGUUGGGGCUGCAAGGAUGCACCAAUAUAAGUGAUUCUGGACUCACGAAUCUUGUAAACGGUUGUCAACGUAUUAAGUUUUUAGAUAUCAAUAAAUGUAGCAAUGUUGGGGAUGGUGGGGUUUUAAGUGUGUCUGAGGCCUGCGCAGCUUCUCUCAGGACACUCAAAUUGUUGGAUUGCGACAAAAUUGGGGACGCUUCUAUAUUUUCCUUGGUCAGAUUCUGCAAAAAUCUAGAGACUCUUAUUGUUGGUGGCUGCCGGGACAUCUCUGACGAGUCUCUAAAGUCACUUGCUGCUUCUUGUAAAAAUAGUCUGAAGAACUUACGGAUGGAUUGGUGUUCAAAUAUCUCUGACUCUGCAUUGAGCUGUAUCCUCAAUCAGUGUGUAAACCUAGAGGCUCUCAACAUUGGGUGCUGUGAGGAGGUGACAGAUGCUGCUUUCCAGGGUUUAGGUUCUAGGGAAAUUGAAUUGAGAUUGAAGGUUUUGAAGGUUAGCAACUGUCCAAAGAUAACAGUUGCGGCGAUUGGUCUGCUUCUUGACAAAUGCAACUCUCUGGAAUAUCUGGAUGUGAGGUCAUGCCCACUUAUUACAAAGGCGGGAUUCGAUGAGGCUGGAUUGCAGUUUCCCACACACUGUAUGGUGAACUUUGAAGGGAGUUUAUCCGAGUCUGAUGUGUUGUGUUUAAAACCCUUGAUUUGAAUGGUCUGGCACUACUGGAAGAAAGUUCUUCCCUUCAGAGUUAUCAUACAGCAAACACUGCCUUUGAAAGCCUGACAGGUUACUGCAACUGGAGAGAGCUAAUCCUACUGGCAGCCCUGUUCACAUUCAUUUUAUUCUGGGGUUAGAAUUUGAUUUGUUGUUGGACUUGGAUACCUGCCACUCAUAUUUUACAUGUAUAUGUUGCAUGUGCAUUGUAUUUCGGUUGCCUUGUAAUCUUUUCCUUGAUUUUUUUUUGGAUCGAAAAAUAUUGUAUUUUUCCCCUUGGUCUGCAUUUUGAACUCCUCAUAAUUUAGUUCCGUAACUGUUGCAAUCGACUUUUCAUA